AAGCCCAGUGAAGGAGCUGGGACAGUCGCCGACACCCGACGGAUGGAGGAGGUGAGGGACCGACACGCGCUCGACGGCGGGAUGGAGACCAAAGAGCCCGCGAGCCCCCAGGAGCCGCCGUCGCCGCCCCCACCGCCGUCGCCGCCAACGCCUUCGACCCCGGAGAAGCCUGGGCCCCCCACGCUGGAGCAGCCAUCCGAGGCCCACGCGCGGCAGCUGCUGAUGGAGGAGUGGAGGCCGCCGGGCGGGAGCCUGGAGCUGCCACCGGGUCUCACCUGGAAGCUACUCUUCCUGCGGCGGCCGCUCUACCGCAACUUGCUCCGCUCGCCUAACCCCGAAGGCAUCAACAUUUAUGAGCCAGCACCGCCUACCGGUCCCACACAGCAGCCCCUGGACACUCUGGGCAACUUCCACGGGUGGUACAUUAAGACUGAGAAGCUCCUGCAUAACCUCAGCUGGACUGUGAAGCAGCAGUGCGUGAAUCUGCUGGCCGAGGGCCUCUGGGAGGAGCUGCUUGAUGAUGAGCAGCCAGACAUCACGGUCAUGGACUGGUACGAGGACAGCCGGCUGGACGUGUGUGUCUAUGAGCUGCACGUCUGGCUGCUGGCAGCUGAUCGCCACACAGUCAUUGCACAGCACCAUGUGGCCCCCCGGACCUCAAGGAGAGGUUCCCCAGGCUGCUGGAUCCAGGUGUCCCACGUAUUCCGCCAGUAUGGCCCUGGUGUGCGCUUCGUCCACUUCCUACACAAGACAAAGAACCGGAGGGAGCCUGGUGGGCUGCGACGGACAAGGGUGACUGACUCCUCCGUGUCUGUGCAGUUCAGGGAGUGACUGGCUGGCUCCACGCCUCUUCUCACCCUUGUCUUGUCUAUCUACCCCCUUGACACCCCUCUUAGCCCUUAGCACUUCCUGGUCCCUUAGCACCUCCCUGACCCUUGACACCUCCCUGACCCCUAGCACCUCCC